UACCUUAUAUAAAAUAAAACAUAAACAUAUUCACUUGAAUGUAGUCGCAAUUCUGUAUAAGGUAAGAAAUACUCAUCACCCAAACCAAACCCCACAAUAAGCUCCUGAACAAACAAAUCUAACAAUGGCAACAACUGUGAAAGAAAUUCGUACUCCUCCGUUAACUUCCAACUCCGAUCCACCUCCUAUUUUUAACGGAGACACAAGGUUGUACAUCAGUUAUGUUUGUCCCUACGCACAACGUGCAUGGAUCGCUAGAAACUAUAAGGGACUACAAGAUAAAAUCAAAUUGGUUUCUAUUAACCUUCAAGAUAGGCCUGCUUGGUAUAAGGAGAAAGUCUACCCAGAAAACAAGGUGCCAUCGUUGGAGCACAACGGGAAAGUCUUGGGAGAAAGUCUCGAUUUGAUCAGUUACAUAGAUGUCAACUUUGAAGGGCUAUCUCUAGUUCCCAGUGAUCCUGCAAAGAAAGAGUUUGGUGAUCAGUUGAUUUCUCAUGUUGAUACAUUCACCAAAGACCUGUACUCUUCAUUGAAAGGAGAUCCUAUAAAACAAGCUGGUCCUGCCUUUGAUUACUUGGAGAAUGCUCUUGGUAAAUUUGAUGAUGGACCAUUCUUUCUAGGACAAUUCAGUUGGGUGGAUAUUGCCUAUGUUCCAUUUGUUGAAAGAUUCCAUAUAGUCUUUUCUGAGGUGUUCAAGCAUGAUAUAACAGAAGGAAGGCCUAAACUUGCAGCAUGGAUUGAGGAGCUUAACAAGAUUGAUGCUUAUACACAGACAAGGGCCGAUCCAAAUGAAAUUAUUGAUAUUUUCAAGAAACGCUUUCUGGCUCAACAGUGAAAAUAGGGUCGCAGUGGCACCCUUUGAGAUGUAGACUGCUGGCAAUAAAGUAUCAUUUGUGUUUAUGUGAUGCUUCUUCAUUCAAAUGUUCUUUUGUUUGUAUUCUAAAGUUGCAAAUAGUUUGAAUGUGAUAUCAAUAAUUUUACCAGCUUGUUUGAUGCAUUCGUGAUGAUGUUUACGUACUAAAUUAUGAUGAUGUAUUGUAUAAAUAAUGUAUAAUCGUCAUAAUGUACUCAAUGUAAUUUCAUUUUGGAAAUAUCACAAUGUGAAUUGUUGUUA